AGGUUGGAACUAGCAAACGAUAUUUUUUCGAUCGCGCUUCGAAGAAGUUACUUUUGUGUCGAUAAAAAGAUACAAGGAAUACGAUUGAUUAAUUAAAAGAGAGAGAGAGAGAGAGAGAGAGAGAGAGAGAAAGAAAAAAAAAAGAAAUCCUCAAUAUGGUGGUCAAUUUCAAAGUGUUCAAAAAGAGUUCUCCAAACGGAAAGAUCUCUCUGUACGUCGGCAAACGAGAUUUUAUCGAUUAUUUAUCAGGGAUAGAACCGAUCGACGGAGUUAUAUUACUGGAUGAGAAUUACGUCGAAACAGGUAGAAAGAUAUGGGGCCAAUUGAUAUGCAGUUUUCGUUAUGGCAGAGAAGAGGACGAAGUUAUGGGAUUGAACUUUCAAAAGGAUCUUUAUUUGAUAUCCGAACAAUUAUAUCCGCCGAGUGGUACCAAGACCGACGUUAAUACGACGAGACUUCAAGAAAGGUUGUUGCAAAAAUUAGGCCCUAACGCUAUACCUUUCACUUUUAAUUUUCCACAGAGCGCGCCAUCGAGCGUGACCCUUCAACCGAGCCAGGACGAGACCGGAGAACCUUGUGGCGUUAGUUAUUUUAUUAAAAUUUAUUCCGGAGAAACGGAGACGGACGUUACGCACAAGAGAAGUACGGUAUCCCUUGGUAUAAGAAAGAUACAGUACACUCCAACGAAACAGGGCCGACAACCUUGUACGAUCGUAAGGAAAGAUUUUCUAUUGAGCCCUGGUGAACUCGAACUCGAGGUAACGCUCGAUAAACAAUUGUAUCAUCACGGCGAAUCGAUUGCGGUUAACGUUAGCGUUAGAAACAAUAGCAACAAGAUCGUUAAGAAGAUCAAAGCGUUGGUUCAACAAGGUAUAGACGUCGUCAUCUUUCAAAAUGGCCAAUUUCGUACUGUUAUCGACGCCAUCGAAACUCAAGACGGUUGUCCAAUAACGCCAGGCUCGAAUCUACAAAAGAUAAUAUAUUUGAAGCCUAAUCUGGAGAACAACAAGCAUAGACGUGGUAUCGCUUUGGAUGGAAGAUUAAAACGCGAGGAAGCCGAAUUAGCAUCGAGCACAUUGUUGACCUCGCCCGACGUACGCGACUCCUUUGGCAUCGUUGUCUCUUAUGCCGUCAAGGUCAAAUUAUAUCUCGGCGCAUUGGGUGGCGAACUGUCCGCCGAGUUACCUUUCAUAUUUAUGCGACCUAAACCAACCGAGAGGCUCAAAUUGGCGAACAACGAAACUUGCGUACAUAUCGAAAAUCUACCAGAGGAAAAGACGAAAGAAAAUUAGAUUAGUUCUAUAUAUAUAUAUAUAUAUAUAUAUA